CCGGACCGCGGGCCUCCCUCCCUUCAUCCCGGCGGGACCGCGGGCCUCCUUCCCUUCAUCCCGCCCGGACCGCGGGCCUCCUUCCUUUCAUCCCGCCCGGACCGCGGGCCUCCCUCCCUUCAUCCCGCCCGGACCGCGGGCCUCCCUCCCUUCAUCCCACCCGGGACCGCGGGCCUUCCUUCACCCUGGCCAGGGACCCGUGCCGGCUGUAAGGCAGGGGUUAAAAAGCAUCAUCAUCCUAAACUGUUUCCGUAGUCGGGGAAAAGCGAGGUAACCCAGAACUUCUUAAAACCGGAUGCUGCCUGCCGAGCACAGAGGGAUUUGUACAGCAUGAGACGGUGUAAGAUCUCCGAAAUGCCAACUGGAAUGCUUCAGGGUGAAGCAGUUGUCAGAUUGCAUCGUGGUUCAUUGUGGAAAAGGAGGUUUGGUACCCCACAGUCCUACUGCUACACCACGAACACCAUCUCUGAUAGUCGGCACCACUAUUGGUAGCAUCAUUACUAGUUGUAUCACCAAUAAUGCUACGACCCAGUGGAGAGAUUCCACUUCUUCCUAUGGUAUGAAAUGGCUUUUGGGGAGAGAGACAGAUUUAGUGUAAUUAUCGUCAAAUCAAAAUGAGUUUAUUACAGUUCUUAUUGUUAGUUGGCACAGGGUUGAACAAUUUUAAUAGGCAGAAUUUUAAGAUCAUCUUUAAAGGUCCCUUUCAAUCCAAACCAUUCAAUGAUUUGACAGUUUCUGUUUUUUUAAUUAAACAUAGUUUUAACACCUGACUAGCACAUCCCACUGAAUUUCAGCUACACAGAAAAUGCUUCUUGGUUUUGAUCUUGAAGGAUUGUUUUUAGCCUGGAUUGUUUCUCACUGUGGCUCUGGAGCAAGUGAUGGGCAUCCAUUGCUUGGAUGAGUCAUGGCACGGGAAGCCCAGGAAAACACAGCUAGCAUGGACCAGUGGCUGCACUGGGUGGCCAGGAGGAUGCUGAGAUGUGGAUCCCAGGCUGAGCACUUCCCUUGGGGAUGGGAAUCCCCCAGACUGCUGACAAAUGUUUUUGGCAACAUUUGUCAGCAGCCUCCAUCUUUGUUCUGCUUUAGAAAUCAGCCUGGAAGCCAGGGUCCAGGUUUGUCCUGACUGCUGUCAAUAUCAAUGAGUGAAAGAGCCCAGGAUUUGUUCCAGCCACUGCUGCUGCUGGCACAGGAUGUCUUCAGAGCCAGCAUCAGGUGCUGACCCCAGCAGGAGAGGCCUGAAGAAGCCACGUCCGUUCAGCAUUGAGGACAUCCUCUCCAGCCCUGCAAAAAAGAACCCCCAGGUCUUGGUGCCACUGUACCUACAGAACAUGUUGGACUGCACACCCAAGCGGCUGUGUGAGCUGGAGACCAUCCCAGCCAGCUCCCUGCAGGAGGAGGAGGAGGAGGAAGAAGAGGAGGAAGAGCUGGAAGGGGCAGGCUGCAACUGCUGCUGCUGCUCUCACACGAGCGCCCGUUCCCUGCAGGACCUGCCGGGCUGGCUGGAUGCCCGGUUCACCUGGCCCAUGCAGCUCUUCCACCCGGCAGUCAGGGUCUGUAAGAGUUCCCAGAAGUCAAGUGAGCUGCAGACCUUCCAGCAGAUGCAGCGCCGCACACGCCGGCACCGCACCAUAUUCACCGAGGAGCAGCUGCAGGCCCUGGAGACGCUUUUCCACCAGAACCAGUACCCGGACGUCGUCACCCGCGAGCACCUGGCAAACCGCAUUCACCUGAAGGAGGAGAGGGUAGAGGUUUGGUUUAAAAAUCGUCGGGCGAAGUGGCGGCAUCAGAAGAGGGUGACUGCCUCAGCACUGAUCCUCCAGGCCAAGCAGCCCCCCAAGGAGAGCUGUUAGUGCUCACAGGCUGUAGAGGAACAGCAACAGCACCCACUGCCCAUAGCUGACAGGCUCAGGGGGGUAACCCGAGGGGGCUAAUGCAGCAAAAGGGAAUCUCUGUGAUUCACGCAGGAGGAGGAUGGGUAAAAGCAGACAUACCUCCUCCAAAUCUAGUUCACGUGGCAUAUAACUUGGCAGGCAGGAUGUGCAGGGGACAGAGCUGUACAGGUGUUAAAUGUGCGUGCUUUAAGAGAAGGGGAGACUCCCCUUCUUGUCUUUGCUCUGUGCACAUAGUAUUUGUGCUUGUUUUAUUGAUGUAGAUUUGCAAAAUAUCCUACAAAUGAAUGUUUCCUGUUUGCAGCA